AUGGUGCACUGCAGAGGGGGAGGUUUCAGUCUACUCGUGUGUGUGUUUUUCCUAUCGGUGGCAGCAGGCGUAUAUCCAACCUGGGAGGACACUGGACGUGUAGAUGAGGUGAUCACAGACAACAACACAGGGCACGUGUACACGGCGGGGGAGAAGGGGAUCCGUCAUUGGUCUGAAAAUCUCACUUUCAUCGCCGGUGUUGGUUGGGGCGAUGCAGACGACUGCGUUGGUGACGCUGGAGGUAAUGUGACAGCGAUGGCGUUACAGCCUGGCUCCCCUCGACUUCUGGCCUGCUCCACAGCCUGUGGGGGUCUCUGUGCUGUGUACAAUACGUCUAAUAUCACCCAGAGGUUGUGGAUGAACAAUGGAACUAACCACAGUUACAUCAACACCCGUUCUGUUCUGGUGUUCCUUGACAAUGUAACGUUGCUAGUAGCAUCAUCAACCUCGAACAAGCCGACGCCCGUCGUCCCCGUGUUGUCGUACCGACACUUGUCUCUCCCAGAUCAAGGCCAACCUAGUAUGAACAUCAGUGACCACAACGAGGCUGUCAUGUCAAGAAAACCAGAAAGCAACUACGCCAUACAUUUUAUAUCAGGCUUCACCAAGAACAAUUUCACAUAUUUCCUUACAACCCAGAGAGAAACGUCAAGCAUGAAGGUCACAACCCGACUCAUUAGACAUGGCGGAUACCGGAAGCUCCAUCACUGUCAGUUUUGGAAGAAAUACCAAGAUCCCUCUCGUGGAUCAGCGUUGUGCCAGUACACAUUUGAGGAUAUCAGAAACGACAGUUCUGAUGUGCUGUGUAGGUUUAGUACAACAACUCCAAAAGUGUCGUGGGCAGAUGUCACCGGCGGGUGUAAUGUUCAGGACCGACAGUGUAUAGUGUGCCAGCAACCUCAAUGUCGAGGAACAUUCCAAAUAACGGAAAACAAAACACUAUUUAAUUAUAAAGGCUUUAAACCGGACUUCAAUGCAGUCUACCGAAACAUCACGAUUGUAAUUACCACAGUGCUUCCGAGUGAAGCAGAAACCGUCAACGUUGCUACUUCCGCUGGAGAAGUACUGCAACUUACGACCGGUGUUGAUGGGAACCUCUCGUUAAGCAGCAACAUGAGCGUUAGCAGUGAUAGUUCCCCACCACGCCGUGUCGUCGUCCGAGACAGCAACGACUUCUUGCACCUCUUCACCAUCAGCAGCAACACGGUGAAGGAGGUAGACAUCUGUGAAGGCAGACGCUGCCAGGAAUGUAGACGUAUCAGUCGUUGUAGUUGGUGCAAGAAGUGUGUGUUCAGUGAGGCAUGCGGAGGAAGCACGUGUAAAGUCCAGAACUGGUAUCCAAAGAAAGGGCCUCGGGGAACAGUCAUCACGUUUGAGGGAUGUGGAUUCAAUGAGACAGACAAUCAAGUAGCAGUAGCUGGGAGAAAAUGUCAACUGAAGGGCACGAGUUUGACCAGGAGACGGUGCACACUGGGGAAGAAGCCAGGACAAGAAAAUCAAAAUGUCAAGAAAGAUGAGAUGAAGGUUCAGUUUCCUGACUGCUCACUUGGCAAUUUUACAAUCACGCCAGACCCAGUCAUUACAGAUGUAUUCCCGACAACAUCCAUACAGAGUGGAGGUCUGACGAUCACAGUCGUGGGGGAGAACUUUGACGCUGUAGAACAGCCGCGGAUUGAAGUAACUGUGUUUCACAGCACACACGGUGCGAAUUGUACCGGAACUAACAAACCUACACAGGGGAAGGUGUUUUGUGUGACGCCACCGUUCGUAACGGAAAAUCGAAAUAAGACAACUGGCAACCUUUCUGUUAUAAUGGACGGAGUGAUAAAACAUUAUAACAUUACAGUCUAUCCAGAUCCAACCUUGGUAUACUCACGAACGCCUGUCGUGGUCAGUGAAGGAGAUAUGUUAAACAUACCUGCUACCCUCGAUGGCGUCAAUGAAACAGAUGUUCGAGUCGAAAUCGGCCCGAGCAAUUGUUCCAAUGUUCAUUUCAGUCGUACGUUGAUCACUUGUACGCCUGUGUUGAUGACUGAUGCCAAUACGCCCCGGAAUAUCACGGUUAAAAUAGGCAACAACCUGAGUCUGUAUGCUGGACAGAUCAUGUUUGUAACACGGAGGUCGCCUUCUUACCACAACAUUAUCAUCGGGAGCGUGGCAACAGUCGCAGUCAUCGCCAUCAUCGUUAUCGCUGUAACCGCCGUCUGUGUCAGGGAGUACAAAUCAGCUCUGCAUUCACGUCAGCAAUCGGAGCUGACGCCAACUUCAGCAGAUGGAGGGAAUGACCUUUAUCUGACGCCGUCUGUCAGACCAUCAUCUGCCGCCAGAACUGAUGAAUUGUCUUGAACAAAGCAGGGUCAUCAUUCCAGCAGCGAGACUGCGCAUUGGUACCACUAUUGGCGCAGGUAACUUCGGCCGUGUGUGCGCGGGUAUACUGUGUCCAGAGACGGGAGAAGAUGGGCACCCUCGGCAAGUUGCUGUCAAAACAAUGAAGG